AUGACUGGCGACACGGUGGAAAAGAAGGAACAGCACGACUUGGAGCAAACCCCAACGCUGGGUGUAGCUGAGAAGGGUGAAGUUGUUGAAAUCGAUGCUGAUGAGGCCCUUAACGCUGUUGCCGGCUUGGAUACGGCCGCUCUGCAGAUUGAUGAGGAGACAGAGCGGCGUUUGUUGCGCAAGAUCGACUUGAACCUUAUGCCUCUCAUGUGUAUUGUUUAUGGACUCAACUACCUUGAUAAAACCACACUGUCGUAUGCGAGCAUCAUGGGUUUGAAACAAGAUCUCAAACUAGUUGGCGAUAAUUACCAGUGGCUAUCAAGUUUGUUCUACUUUGGAUAUCUUGGUUGGGAAUUUCCCACAAAUCGUUUGCUGCAACGCCUUCCUCUGGCCAAGUACUCCGCCUUCAAUAUCAUCAUGUGGGGACUCGUGCUUUCUCUUUUUGCUACCACUGAGAAUUUUGGAGGGGCUGUUGUUAUUCGCCUCUUUUUGGGAAUAUUUGAGGCUGCUGUGACCCCCGGGUUCGCUCUGUUUGUAUCGCAAUGGUAUACUAAAAAAGAACAAGGACUUCGAACUGGUAUCUGGUUCAGUUUUAACGGUUGGGCCCAGAUCUUUGGCGGCCUGGUAGCGUACGGCUUCGCUCAUGGCGCCUCAACCUAUGGCUUUUCAAUCGCCCCGUGGAAGGCAAUCUUCGUCUUUACUGGAGUGCUAACAAGCACCGUUGGAAUAGUGUUUCUCUUUAUCAUGCCUGAUAACCAGCUCAACGCAAGAUUCCUUACCAAAGAAGAGCGAGUGUUGGCUAUUCAGCGAAUCAAGGUUAAUGAGCAGGGAAUUGGAAACAAACAUUUCAAGUGGUACCAAGUCAAGGAAGCCGUUUUGGAUCCUGCCAUCUGGGGCUUUGUUUUCUAUGCUCUGGUCGCCGAUAUUCCCAACGGCGGCAUCUCCAAUUUCUUCAGCCAGCUUAUUGUCUCAUUUGGCUACACGCCCGAACAGAGCUUGCUCUAUGGAACUCCUGGUGGGGCUGUUGAGGUUGUCGCCUUGUUACUAUGCGGAUACUUGGGCGAUCGACUUGGAAGCCGCAUCUUGGUGUGCAUGUCUGGCCUCGUAGUGGCCAUGAUUGGAGUGAUUAUGAUUGUUGCUAUUCCACUGGAUAAGCCUGCUGGCCGAUUAGCUGGUUACUACCUUACCCAGGCGAGCCCAACUCCAUUCGUUGCUCUGCUGUCUUUGAUAUCUACCAAUGUUGCCGGGUGGACCAAAAAGACAACAGUGGCAGCAAUGUAUCUGGUUGCAUACUGCGUUGGAAAUAUUAUUGGACCCCAAACUUUCCGACCGAAAGAUGCACCGGAGUACCGGCCGGCCGAGAUUACAAUCUUGGUGUGCUGGGCAGCCUGCCUCGUAGAUCUUGUGUUUAUCUGGUGGUGGUACCGUCGACAAAAUCUCAAGAAGAGUCUCGUGCGAGCAGACCCGUCUUAUACCAAGGUUGAGAAUCAAGAAUUCCUUGACAUGACGGAUAAAGAGAAUCCGGAAUUCAAUUAUUCUCUGUGAGAUCUUGUAUUUGAGAUAGUAGAGGCAUAUUGACAAUUUUGCAAAUGGAUUAGGAAAAUCUGUAGAGCCAACUCUUAGAUUUCAUGCCUUUCACUCCCUGCCAUAAGCAGCUCAUUGUCUAAUAGUCUUGCGCAGCGAUUAAUU